AAAAAAAGUACCAAGGUAAAUAAAAAACGAAGAGAAGAUUAAUAUUCAAUUUAAAAUAAUUUAUUCAAAGGAAUAUUAUGAGAUAAAGUUGUAAGUUUGAUAUUGUAACGAUGUUUUCGUUGAACAAUCAUUUAGAACUGCGAAGAGUUACUAUUUCCAGUCUGUUAACAUGCAUUUACCUGCCGAGCAUUGUGACUGUGAUAUCUUACAAGGGUCUCCUGUACUCUGUUGGGAAUGCCUCCUCAAUUUAUAUCCUGGUUCUUAUAUUUCUGGCAGAGUUGAUGAAAUCAUUUUACCUGAACUCUAGUAAUGAAUUUCAAGUUAAGAAGAAGAAUAAAAACCGUGCUAGCGAGGUUAUUAAAUCUGUAGUGUUUUUCUUUGGAGUUGUGUUUUGUUUUUUCGUGGCUAUAAUCUUGUUUGGCGCUCCGGUGUUAGAGAAUCAUGAUGGGACGUUAAUGUUGUCUUGUCUACUUACUUUGUUAACUAUAUUUCCGUUAAUCGCUCAUGCGGGUGUCGAAUCAGCGAUGCAACUUUUGUUUGGUGUUAAAAACUUCUCUCGAGACACGAUAAUUGCUAUGUUGGUAAAUAACGCUUUGAUGACAAUCUGCGGAGCUUGGCUUGGCGCUGUUGUGAUUCCUUUAGACUGGAACACCCCGUGGCAGCAAUGGCCAAUACCAUGUUAUUUAGGAGCUAUUGGUGGUUACUUGUUAUCAAAUGUGUUAACUGUGACCAAAGUCACUCUAAUGUCAGCAUCUAAUAAGUAUCCAGCGCUCAACUUUUUUGUUAAUGUUAUAAAUAGAUUGCAUAUUUCUAAAUAAUGUUUCAGUUUUAUAGCAUUCAAGUUCUUAUAGUAUUUAUUGUUGAAAUAAUUGGGAAAUAAAUGAGAUGUUUUUAAAUA